AUGAAGUUCAACGCCCUCGUCCUCAGCGCCGUCGCCCAAGUGGCUUCCGCCCAUUACUUUUUCGACACCAACAUUGUUGGCGGUGUUGCGCAGCCCCAGUUCAAAUACGUCCGCGAGUCGUCCCGUGUCACCAAGUACAACCCCAUCAAGUUCUCCUCCAACCCAGCUGCCGAUAUCCGUGAUGGAUCCACCGCCGAUGGCCCCGAUAUUGUUUGCAACCAGGGUGCCCAAAAGGCCGGCAAGACUCAGGUCAUGACCGUCAACGCUGGCGAGGAGAUCCGCCUCAAGUUGGCUGUUGGAGCCAAGUUCCAGCACCCUGGCCCUGCCCUGGUCUACAUGUCCAAGGCUCCCAGCACUGUGACUUCAUACGAUGGAUCUGGUGACUGGUUCAAGAUCUUCGAGGAGGGUGUCUGCGGCAACGGUGACUUCACCAGCGACGCCUGGUGCACCUACAACCGUGACUGGGUCGCGGCCAAGAUCCCCAAGGACACUCCCAACGGCGAGUACCUCGUCCGCGUUGAGCACAUUGGUGUCCACCGCUCCCACGUCAACCAGCCUGAGCACUACGUCUCCUGCAUGCAGGUCAAGGUUCAGGGUGGCGGUAGCGGUACCCCUGGCCCCAUGGUCAAGUUCCCCGGUGCCUACAAGGCCACCGACCCUUACGCCAACUUCAGCAUCUACAACGGCAAGAAGGACUUCCCCAUGCCCGGCCCCAAGGUCUGGGCCGGUGGUGCUAGCAGCUCCGGUGGUGCCACCACUCCCGCCAAGGAGGUGGCUACCUCUGCCGCCCCUGCUGCCCCUGCUAAGACUACCAUGGCCACUGUUGUUGCCCCUGCCCCUGCCGCACCCACCAAGGCUGCUGGCGGUGCUGGCUGCGCUGCCCUCUACGGACAGUGCGGUGGAAAGGGCUUCUCCGGUGCCAAGUGCUGCUCUGCUGGUACCUGCAAGGCUGCCAACGACUGGUACUCUCAGUGCGUCAACUAA